AUGUUAACUAAAAAUACAAUCACGCAAUUUAAAUCAGAAAGAAAUCGGCGUGAAUUGAAAAGAUUAAGAAAUGCGAUUAAUUCACGAAAAUCUUUUCUUACACAGAAAAAAAGGAUACGCAAGAGAAAGAAAUUACUUGAAGAGAAUUUGAUAUUGGUGUAUGAAGCUACCACCGCAGGCGCAUGCGAUCUUAUCAGAUCAUUACGCAUCACUCAUCAUUAUUUUAUAAAUGUUUCAUCGUCUGGUGUUCCUGACUAUAUUACAACAUUGAAUCGAGCAGAAGAAGAACUAAAAAAAGCGAUGGAACAUAUACAAAAAUUAGGUGAUCAAAUGGAAGAAUUAAAUCGCCAAAGAAACGAAAUUAUUAUGCAUAACAACGAUGACGAUGAUCUCAAUUACGGAAAUGGAAAAGAGAAUGCGAAAGUCGACAUCAUCUGUAAUAAUGGCAUUCAGAAUGACGAUAUGAAAAGAGAUAUGGAAAUUGACGAUAACAGCAGCAGCUCGUUCAAUCUAGAUCCAAACGCUGAUUUAGAAUCUCUAAGGAUUCAAUAUGACGACACCGAAUCAAAACUUGAUGAAUAUUACAUGGAAAUAGAUCAAAGAGAUAGUUAUCUUGACGAUUUGAUCUUGAAUAAGGUUAUGCAAUGUAUUCAGAAGAAACCUUGCACUCCAUCAAUAAUCCUGUCACAGAAACCAACAAGAGAAUUUCGUCCACGUGCAUCAACUUUUCCAACCCUUUCACCGAUUCCUGAAGAAGAUGAGGAAUCGUUGAUAAUAGAAUGA